CUGUGUUGUGACUUCAUCCUGUAUGUACUAUGUCCCUAAGACAAACACAGGGUUCCAAUAUUGUAAUGAGGAGGCAAAAUCACAGCUCUACUGUUGAAUUCAUCCUCUUGGGAUUUUCUAACUAUCCUGAACUUCAAGAUCAGAUGUUUGGGACUUUCCUAGUUAUCUAUCUGGUGACUGUGAUGGGAAAUGCCAUCAUUAUCACCAUCAUCUUCCUGGACCAGAGUCUGCACAUCCCCAUGUACCUAUUUCUGCAGAAUUUAUCUUUAGUAGACCUCUGUUUCAGCACAGUUAUCACACCUAAAAUGCUUGUGGUCCUGACUAGUAAGAAAGCAACCAUUUCCUUUGGAGGUUGUUUUGCACAAAUGUAUUUCAUUCUUUUCUUUGGUGUGACUGAGUGUUUUCUCCUGGGAGCAAUGGCUUAUGAUCGAUUUGCUGCAAUCUGCCAUCCUCUAUCCUACCCCAUGAUUAUGAACAAAAGACUGUUCAUGAAAUUAGUGAUGUUCUCAUGGGUCUCAGGUACCAUGAUGAGUACUCUACAGACCACAUGGGUGUUUAGCUUCCCCUACUGUGACCACAAGGAAAUUAACCAUCUCUUCUGUGAGACUCCUCCUGUGCUAGAACUGGCAUGUGCAGAUACCUUCCUGUUUGAAGUCUAUGCCUUCACAGGCACCAUUUUCAUUGUCAUGGUCCCCUUUCUGUUGAUACUCUUGUCUUAUACUCGAAUUCUCUUCACCAUCCUGAGGAUGCCAUCCACUACAGGGAGGCAGAAGGCCUUUUCCACGUGUGCUUCUCAUCUCACCUCUGUUACCCUCUUCUAUGGCACAGCCAGUAUAAUUUAUCUACAGCCCAAAUCCAGGUACUCACCAGAUACCAAGAAACUGAUGUCAUUGGCGUAUAUACUGCUCACCCCUCUGCUGAAUCCACUUAUCUACAGUCUGAGGAACAAGGAGAUGAAAAGGGCUGUGUUGAAAUUAUGGCAAAGAAAAGUGGCUUUACACACAGCUUGAUUUCUUAAGGAACUUGUUUUGCUGCCAUGCU